UUUAAAUCACGCUAAUUUUUUCCAAAAAAUAAAUUAUUAAUUCACUUAAUCAUUGUUCACAUGCCAAAUUAAGCGAUUUUGUUACAAAUUACAUCGCCAGAACUUCGUAAUGAUAUUUGCGGGAAAUAAAUGUGAUACGCAUAUAUCUGUAUGCGCGAACUUGUGUGAGUUGCACACGUCAUGGCCGCCUCUCGAACACACGUGCAGCGUGUUAGAAUACUGUACAAAACAAUUUUGAGGUUACACCGCGGUUUGCCGAUCGAAAUUCAACCCUUGGGCAACGAUUAUGCCCGCGACGAGUUCCGUAGACACAAGAAAUGUUUGGAGAGCGAGGCGAUUAUUUUUCUUCACGAGUGGACCAAUUACGCGAUUUCUCUCGCCAAGCAACUCGGGUUGAAAGGUCCUCACACGGGAAAACCGCUGGGCAAACAUUUCAAGGAGGAGGAUCUCGAAAAGUUGCGGGACGAACAAGUGUGUCAGUUGUACGAAUUAAUGAUCGCGGCGACAGGAAAAACGAAGGACAACAUAAAGGAGAAAACGUAGUUUAACGUGUGUUGCGUGUUUAGACAAAUUUUAUUAAAAUUACGCUCGAUGUUAUCUGACUAAAAAAUUGUACUUAACUGUGAAUCUAUACUGUUAUAAUGUACAAAUAAACGUGUGAAUAAUUUAA